GCUCGUGGAAGGGAGGAGGAGGAAUGUGGAAGGCGGCGGCGGCGGCUGCGGCGCGCAGGCUGACAGGCGGUUCCUCGGGCGGGCUGCGGCGGCGGCCCGAGCGCCUCUCCUUCGCCCGGGUGGCGCGCCCCCUCCUCGCCGUGCCCCGGGCCCGCGCGGGAUUGUGCGUCCUCCCGCCUCGUCCCUGAAGGGAAGGAACCGAGGCGGCGGCGGCGGCGGCGCCCCGGCCCUCCCCCGCCGCACCCCGCCCCGGCGCGAGAGGAGAGCGCGAGAGCCCGAGCCGCGGGCGGGCGGGCGGGCGCCGAAGAUGGCAGAGGCGCCGGCCUCCCCGGCCCCGCUCUCUCCGCUCGAAGUGGAGCUGGACCCGGAGUUCGAGCCCCAGAGCCGACCGCGUUCCUGCACUUGGCCCCUGCAGAGGCCGGAGCUCCAGGCGAGCCCGGUCAAGCCCUCGGGGGAGACGGCCGCCGACUCCAUGAUCCCCGAGGAGGACGACGAUGAAGACGACGAGGACGGCGGCGGCCGGGCUGGCUCGGCCAUGGCGAUCGGCGGCGGCGGCGGCGGCGGGAGCGGCGCGCUGGGCUCCGGGCUGCUCCUGGAGGAUUCGGCCCGCCUGCUGGCUGCCGGAGGGCAGGACCUCGGGCCCGGGCCAGCGCCCGCGGCGGGCGCGCUGAGCGGGGGGACGCAGACUCCGCUGCAGCCUCAGCAGCCGCUGCCACCGCUGCAGCCGGGGGCGGCUGGGGGCUCAGGGCAGCCGAGGAAAUGCUCCUCGCGCCGGAACGCCUGGGGGAACCUGUCCUACGCCGACCUGAUCACUCAUGCCAUCCAGAGCUCCCCGGACAAGCGGCUCACUCUGUCCCAGAUCUAUGAGUGGAUGGUGCGCUGUGUGCCCUACUUCAAGGAUAAGGGCGACAGCAACAGCUCCGCCGGUUGGAAGAACUCCAUCCGACACAACCUGUCGCUGCACAGUCGGUUCAUGCGGGUGCAGAACGAGGGGACGGGCAAGAGCUCAUGGUGGAUCAUCAACCCCGAUGGGGGCAAGAGCGGGAAGGCGCCCCGGCGGCGGGCCGUUUCCAUGGACAACAGCAACAAGUACACCAAGAGCCGUGGCCGCGCCGCCAAGAAGAAGGCGGCCCUGCAGACGGCACCCGAGGCGGCCGACGACAGCCCCUCCCAACUGGCCAAGUGGCCCGGCAGCCCCACGUCGCGCAGCAGCGACGAGCUGGACGCCUGGACGGACUUCCGCUCGCGCACCAACUCCAACGCCAGCACGGUUAGCGGCCGCCUGUCGCCCAUCCUGGCGAGCACAGAGCUUAAUGAGGUCCAGGACGACGAUGCUCCGCUCUCCCCGAUGCUGUACAGCAGCUCCGCCAGCCUGUCGCCUUCUGCGAGCAAGCCGUGCGCCGUGGAGCUGCCGCGGCUCACCGACAUGGCGGGCACCAUGAACCUGAACGACGGGCUGGCUGACAACCUCAUGGACGACCUGCUGGACAACAUCCCCCUGCCGUCCUCCCAGCCGUCACCCCCCGGGACGCUCAUGCAGCGGAGCUCCAGCUUCCCCUACGCCGCCAAGGGCUCCGGCCUGGGCUCUCCGACCGGCUCCUUUAACAGCACGGUGUUCGGGCCGUCGUCUCUGAACUCCCUGCGCCAGUCCCCCAUGCAGACCAUCCAGGAGAACAAGCCAGCCACUUUCUCUUCCAUGUCGCACUACGGCAGCCAGACACUCCAAGACCUGCUCACUUCAGACUCGCUCAGCCACAGCGACGUCAUGAUGACCCAGUCGGACCCCUUGAUGUCUCAGGCCAGCACCGCUGUGUCUGCCCAGAACUCCCGCCGGCACGUGAUGCUGCGCAAUGACCCGAUGAUGUCCUUUGCUGCCCAGCCUAACCAGGGGAGUUUGGUCAAUCAGAACUUGCUCCACCACCAGCACCAGACCCAGGGCGCUCUCGGUGGCAGCCGUGCCUUGUCGAAUUCCGUCAGCAGCAUGGGCUUGAGUGACUCCAGCAGCCUCGGGUCAGCCAAACACCAGCAGCCGUCUCCCGUCAGCCAGUCUAUGCAAACCCUCUCGGACUCGCUCUCAGGCUCCUCCUUGUACUCAGCUAGUGCAAACCUUCCCGUCAUGGGCCACGAGAAGUUCCCCAGCGACUUGGACCUGGACAUGUUCAAUGGGAGCUUGGAAUGUGACAUGGAGUCCAUUAUCCGUAGUGAACUCAUGGACGCGGACGGGUUGGAUUUUAACUUUGACUCCCUCAUCUCCACACAGAACGUUGUUGGUUUGAACGUGGGGAGCUUCACUGGUGCUAAGCAGGCCUCAUCUCAGAGCUGGGUGCCGGGCUGAAGGACCGCUGAGGCAAGGGGAAGUGGGCAAAGCAGACCCUCAGACUGACACACGAUCUACAGAGAGAACCCUUUGCCAACUCUGCUCUCAGCAAGUGGACAGUGGUACCGUUUACAGCUUAACACCUUUGUGACGCCCGCGCGUUUUCCUGACCCAGCAGAGACUGCUCCUGGCCCCGACCCUGGGCGCACCACUUGCCCUGGAACAAAACUCUACAGUAUGCAAAGCCUUCCUCAGACGGGGGCCGAGCCACCUGCCAUCGAGGACAGCGCCCGCCCGUCGGCACCGCCCAUCUGCCCACCCUCCUUCUCAGCACACCCAGAGGCCCCGUUGGCGAGUCUCUGAACACCGCGAUGGUUGAUGGGACAUUUUAAGUGUUGUUUUUGUGUUUGUGUUCCUUUGACUUUCCGAGUCUCUCACAUGCAUUCACGUGCAGUGUUUCUCCGUUGCAAAUGGUAACCGUCCUCCCCCUGGCCAAUUUAAAAGCAGAAGGAAAAUGUUGCACCAGUUACCGUUGCGGCUUUGGGCGCCACACGCUUUUGAGGCCACGGAACUCCAUAAACUAGCACAUUACAUAAACCAGAGGGGGAUUUUCUUUCUUCUUUUGUUGGGUAGAAAAUUAUCCUUUUCUAAAAACUGAACAAUGGCACAAUUGUUGGCUAUGUGCGCCUGUCCAGGACUGAGCCGAGUGCAGGCGGGACACGCGGAGCACAGCGCCCUACCCAGUGAGUCUGCAGGUCUGAGUCAGGCUGGUCCGAGGACCAGACCCCAGCACCUGGCCUGCAGUGCCGGAGCAGUGGGGUGUCUGAGCCAGUGCAGUGAACAGCGUGGGUCUGUCAGUGAGGCACUAGCAUCUUUUUCUUCAGGAAAGAAAUCAGCUCAGCUAUCCACUCAUUGCCAAAUGCCACUAAAGGGUUUAGUUUUAAGGAAAAAAGAAAAAGGGAAAAAAAAAAAAAAAGGUGUCCUGUGUUGCUUUGCAGAAGGGAUGAGCUUACAGGGGAGCGUUAGGCUUGCAGUGAGAGAUGCGUGAAGAGUACAAACCGAGUCCCUGCUAAGGCAGCUCUGACUUCCCUGUUCCUAGCUCCGUGUCCUUGGUGAUUUUCAGCCUUGCUGUGUAUGGUCUGAUCUGCCAGCAGUGUAUGAGUGAGAAGCAAUAGCAUACAAACUUCAUAUAUAUAUAUGUGUGUGUGUGUGUGUGUGUGUGUACAUAUAUACAUAUAUAUAUAUAAAGCUUAGGUUGGAAUACUACAAGUGACACAAUGGAAGUACAAGAUAAGGCAGUUUUAACUUUUUUUUUAACCUUCCUGCUUCUGUGGAUUUCAUUUAUUUUCUUUUCAAAAAGUUAUGGUGCUGUAUAGGUGCUUUCUGUUAAACUUGGAAAGUGUGAUCCUAUUCGUUGCCCUCUUUGGUAGACAGAGUGGUUGGGCACACCUGCGGUACCUGGGAAGCUGGUGCAACAGCGCUCUGAUUAGCACAGCGUAGGCAUACUCCUCCAAAGCGAUACAAAGACUCUUGGCACAGAAAGCAUUAGGCAUAGAAAUGUAUAGAUAUAUUUUACCGUGUACAGUACAAAAACAGGCGCUAGGAACACAGGCUGGUUCUUUGAGCACAGACUCCCCUGCCUGAGGUCCCUCUGAUGCUUGCAGUGUGGCCAUGGACACCAACACAGCCGUGCCACCCUACUCCCUGCACCCGCCGCUGGCCGCCCGUGGCCCCCUGUGCACCUUCGCUUUAUAACUCCCCUGGGGUGCUGUUGGUGGUGAUCACAGCUCCUAGCACAAUGAGCGUUCCAUCUGGUGUUGUCACACGUCUCUUCCGCCUCACUUUGGAUCCUCGUGUUUGAGCGAUGGCCCUGUUGAUUUUGCCCUGCCUUUUACCCACUCUGUAAAUCGUCACACAGUUGUGGUUAUCGUAGACCUGUAGCAUAUCAGCCUUUGUUAAACCGCUACAUGUUUAUAAUCUUCAUUUUAAAAGUAUGUAUAAUUUCUAAAAAUAAGUAUUCCAUUCCCAUGUUCUGCUUGUCGGAGAGCCAGACCUGCUUACUGUAUUGCUUUGUAACGAUGCCAGCCGCUUGCUUGAUUUUUCAGUAGUCUGCCAUAGGCAAGAACUGUUAGGUGUCGCCUCGAGGGCUGCCUCCUCAGCUCCCCAAGUGCUGCCACUCUGGGCGGGACACAGUGCAAAGGCAGUGGCAGCAGCUGGGGACAGCGGUGGCAAGAUACCAAUCCAGGGGAAUCCCAGUGCUUCCAGCCGAGGGCCGUCAGUACCAAGAAGAGACAAGCCAGUGAACCAGGGAAAUAGCUCCAUACCCUUGCCGUUUUGUUUUGCACCUGGCUGUUGCGUGGGGAGUGAGAGAGGCAGCCCUUCGGUGUGAUUCAGGUUUAAGAUGCUGCAUUCCUUGCAGACCCGGGGCAUCUCAAAUGAAUAUUCUCUUCUUGGCCGUGUGUGUCGGGUUUCAGGCAGAACAUCUUACAGAAUGUCCCAGGACCAGACCACAGUUUCAUCUGAAAUAGGGGAGGGAGGGGCAGUGGGGUAUGAGGACAGGGCAGCCACAGAACAGGUCAGGAAAAUGGAGGGGGAAUGCUUUGAUUUUUGCUUGGUUGUUUGUUUCCUUUUUUAAAUAACUCAGCUAGCAUCUACGCAGAGAGUGUUGUGAAGAGCUGAAACUGAGACCGAUCAAGGGCAGCAUCAGCACUGUGAGCUCCAGCAGCCCCAGGAAAGGCUGGAAUAAAUCGUGCAGUGUCUCCAGGAUCACACGGCAUCCCCCCGCUCAGCUGGCCUCCCACACACACACAGAGGCCAGGCGCCCCUUCACUAGCCUGGGUCUGAGGCAGCCAAGCCUGGGCGCAGGUGUGACCUGAGCCCCUCCGGCCUUUGUAACAAGACCAUGCUUUCAGCAAGGGCCAACUGGUUGCUGGCCACCAUGUCACUCUCCAAAUGUCAUGGAUCCCUAACGAUGAGCUUUCUGAUCGGGAUCGUCUCAGCGGGGCCUGGCGGCGGGAGUGUCGGGAACUACCCAGGGCUACCCUGAACCUCUCCGUCAGCUGCUCCGGGGAACUGCCUGCUUGGUGGCGAGAAGUUAGAAGAGGACCUGCUGCUGGAGCUGUGACAGGCGCUCUGGGGCUCUGCGACUCUCCCGAGGGCUCCGGAACCUGACACCUUGUACCAAAGCUAGAGAAGAGCUCCGUCUCAAGCCUGCCCUGCCCUGGCGUGAGAACUGAGCGCCAGGCUCCCCACGCCCUGACAACUGGGAGUGAAUCUGAAGCCAGCAGUGGAAUGACGGGUGAAACGAACCUUCACGAGUCUGUCUGUCCCCUGAACGGGAGGGUCACGCGCACUUGCAGGGCAGGGCAGGCGUGGUGCUGGUUUCCAGUGUUGGUUUUUAGCACCGUGUGUGUGGCUUCCCCAUUCUCAGGAGAAGACAGUGUGGCUCAGGACUCAGGACAGCUAUGCCCUGUCUCAGGUGUGAUUUCAGGUGGCUUUCAGACUUGCACACAGCUUAAGCAAGGAAGGAACAGACUUUGCCUCUGCCUGAUGGUGAACGCAACCUAAGGAAAGAGGGACGUUUGACUCUUCGCAGAAAGACCGCCGAGGGCGAAGCUGUCUGCUCCACGUACUGCGCCAAGGACUGGACUGACGAGGGGAAGUAAACCAUGGCCCUUUCUCCGUAAAGACGGAAAGAACCCCCUGACAGCUCAGAGCUCGGACUUUCUUUUGCUUGGUGUAUUUGGGGAACACUGUACAAUUAGGUUUAAUGGGUUUUUGGUUUUUUUUUUUUUUUUUCUUCCAGCAAAUUUUUUGUAGAAAUGCAAUCACUGGUUAAGAGGUACGAAAAAACCAGCCUCUCCCCGGCGAUUCAGGGGAGUCAGGGUACAAUGAGGGGAAAGUGAAGUUCCCAUGGGAUCAAGUCUGUCCCACAAGAUCCUAAAGCAGUCGCGCAAGUAACUGAAAAGAGCAUAUUGAUGUGAAUCUCAAGUGGGUAACACUUUAUGCAGGUUGAAUGAGUGGAGUAUUUUCCUCUAGUUUAGCCUUACUUGUAUGUAUUUUUCUUUUGAUGAAUGAUUGGUUACGAGGCCUCUGCCACACUCCAGAAAUGCUCACGCAGCUGCUUUUAAAAACUGUGUGUCUGGUCGCUUAACGUCUCUCAAAUUAUACCAUUGCCUGGCAAUCAGUCUUCUCUCGUAUACUUGUCCUAACACAUUAUGUACACGAGAAAUGUGAACAGCUGUGAAGGUGGACCAGAAAAAUUAGUUCUUAUUAAAAAAAAUGUAUUGUGCAUUUUGGCUUCACAUGUUUAACUUUUUUUUAAGAAAAAAAAGUUGCAUGAAUGAAAAAAAAAUUCUGUAUACAGUAUCUGUAAAACUGUCUUAUCUGUUUCAAUUUCUUGCUCAUACCCCUUACAAAUUAGAAGUAAAUAUGGUGCAUGGCCAUAUCCCAGCACACACCAGUCAAGCAGCCCGUAGUUUGGUUUGAAGCACCUCCUCCUUUCUUUCACGGGGAACACUAUCACACUGCAUUCUCACUGAGGAUUCUGUCUAACCAUCUGUUGCCACAAGUUAACUCCACCGCCUUUCUCCUCAAAGAUCAAAACCAGUUUGAUUUGGGAAUCUCCCCCUUUCCAGAUGAAUUAGCGACGCAGUACUUACUUUCCUUGGUGUUUGUAGAUAAUGCCUUGUGUAUUCCAUUUAAAACCGUAAUCUAGUUUGUAAAAGAGAUGGUGACGCAUGUAAAUAAAGCAUCAAUGACACUCUA